UGAAUUGCAUUUUUACCAUUUGGCAGCUAAAAACAUUGUGUGUCAAAACCCUCUGUUGAAAAGUUUUUAAGUACAACCAAAAGUCGGCUAUUAUUAAUAUAAUUUUAAUUGAGAAAUAAAAUGGCGGACGGUGCAGGCAGUUGGUGCUUAAUUGAGAGUGAUCCCGGGGUAUUUACGGAACUGAUUCGUGAAUUUGGAUGUGAAGGGGUGCAAGUAGAGGAAAUUUGGAGCUUAGAUCCUGACCUGUUUAAAGACCUCGAACCUAUACAUGGUUUGAUUUUUCUAUUCAAAUGGGUCCCAGACGAUGAACCCACUGGUUCAGUAGUGCGAGAUAAUCGGCUGGAUAACGUAUUUUUUGCAAAACAAGUUAUCAAUAAUGCUUGCGCAACACAAGCUAUUCUUAGCAUUCUAUUGAAUUGUAAUCACGAAGACAUAAAGUUGGGAACAACUCUUACCGAGUUCAAGGAAUUUUCACAAUCUUUUGAUCCUUUAAAUAAAGGCUUAACCCUAAGCAAUGCCCCAAAAAUCCGCUCUGUUCACAAUUCCUUUGCGCGACAAACACUCUACGAACUAGACAGCAAAAAUCAAAACAAAGAUGAUGAUGUUUAUCAUUUUAUUGGAUAUAUACCUAUAAAUGGGCGUUUAUAUGAGCUGGAUGGUUUGAAGGAGGGCCCAGUGGAUUUAGGCGCUGUAUCAUCCGAUCAGAAUUGGAUCGACGUCGUUCGUCCUAUAAUUGAGAAGCGAAUGCAAAAGUAUAGCGAAGGAGAAAUCCAUUUUAAUCUUAUGGCGCUUGUAUCUGAUAGAUUAAAGAUUUAUCAACAAAAAAUAGACAAACUUUUGUCUACUGCUGACGACGCUAUGGAGACCGACGAUGAUCGGCAGACUGAAAUAGCUAAAUUGCGUUCGAAAAUUGAAUACGAAGUCGAAAAAAGGAAACGUUAUAAAAUCGAGAACAUACGGCGUAAGCAUAACUAUUUACCAUUUAUAGUAGAAUUACUGAAAAUGUUGGGAGAACAAGGUCAGUUAAUGCCUAUCUAUGAGAAGGCGAAAGAACGCGCUGUAGAGAGAGAAGCAGCCACCUCAAAAAGCAAAUCUUAAACACUUAACUAUUGACUACAUUCACAAAUCUUACGCAUCGUUGUCAUAGCAUUUUCAUUGCACUCAAUACUAUUAAUUAUAACAUUUGGUUAUCUCCAUUCAUUUAUAUUCAUCCCGUAAACGGAUUGACUGCCAUGGAAGAACAGAGGUGGUUCCAUUCCGGUUUGUUUAGAUUUUGCAAAGGAAAUAGCCGAAUAAAUCUAAUUUGUGCUAUUGGUAAAAAAA